CCCAAAGCUUUCACAUGAAGCUGAUGGUCUUAUUUUUCAGGGUUGGGAUGAUCCUUAUGUUCCUCGCACGCACGAGGGUCUCUUGAAGUGGAAAUGCCCUGAAAUGAACUCGGUUGACUUCCUGUUUGAGGUGGUCCAGGAGGAUCGUGGGUUGCUUUAUCUACACAAACGAGGGAAGAAGAAACCAAUGGACGGGAAUAGAGUUGUUUUCCCAGACGGUUCUGAUCCGUCAGAUUACUCUGGUAAAAUAAUAGAGUGCUCUUUUGAUGCCAUUAACGAAACAUGGGUGUGGAUGAGGACCAGAGUCGAUAAAGGAACUCCGAAUGAUUACAACACGUACAGAAAGGUGAUGAGAAGUAUUACUGACAACAUCACCGAACAAGUGUUGUUGAAUGAGAUCGCUGAGAUUAUUGAACUACCAAUGUAUGCGGUUAGGAUACAGAGUGCAGAUACCCAAGCUCAUGUACGACGCAGAUGAAUGAAUCGGUGGAAGCUAGUGAUCGAUUGGAUCAUGUAUAUCAAUACAAGGGUAUUUACGAGCAUCCUUAGUACCUAAGAAGGUGUUAUAAGAAGGUGGUCAUGUAUAUUAGUUGUGUUAGUUUUCUUUCUUUAAUUUUUUUUUUCUUGGUUACUGUUAAGUUGUCCAAGGUAGGUUUUCUUCCAUAGUAGUGAAACGUCAAGCUCUAUGUUAUCUA